AUGAUCUUCCUUGCUGAAUUGAAUGGCCUGGACCUAUGGGCCACAGAUAUUGGUAAUGCCUACCUUGAGGCCUACACUAAGGAAAAGGUAGCCAUAGUAGCCGGACCGGAGUUUGGGGAGCUACAAGGCCACACUCUUAUUGUGUCGAGAGCACUGUACGGAUUACAUUUGAGCGGAAAAAUGUGGCAUCAAAGAUUUUCUGCCUGUUUGAGAGAGGAAGGGUUCUUUCCUUGCAAGGCAGAACCGGACAUCUGGAUGAGACCGUUACCAGACGGGUCGUCAUAUGAAUAUGUUGGAGUAUAUGUUGAUGAUCUGGCCAUGGUAAUGAAAGACCCAAAAGCUUUUGUGGAUAAACUGAUCAAUUUCUACAAAUUCAAGCUUAAAGGUACCGGACCACUCACUUUCCACCUGGGAUGUGAUUUUGGAAGGGACGAACAUGGCGUUCUUUACAUGAGCCCCAAGAAAUACAUCGAGCGCAUGGUAGACAACUACGAGCGCAUUUAUGGAGAGAAACCAAAGACAAAUGUAACCUCGCCUUUGGAGAAGGGAGACCACCCUGAGUGUGAUACCACUGAUCUAUUGGAUCCAGAGGGCGUCACCCAAUACCAAUCUCUGGUUGGCCAGCUUCAAUGGGCCAUUUCCUUGGGGAGACUGGACAUAGCGACCGCUGUCAUGUCCAUGUCAAGCUUUCGUUCUGCCCCUAGAGUAGGACACCUCCACAGAGUGAAACGAAUUUGUGGAUACCUAGUGAAGAUGAAGCACGCUUGCAUUCGCUUCAGGACUGGAAUGCCUGACUAUACUGAUGUCCCUGAACCUAUCUAUGAAUGGGCAGACUCGGUGUAUGGAUGCCCAGUUGAAGAGAUCCCAGAUGAUGCACCAACACCACUUGGACUUGCUGUGAUUCUGACACAAUAUGUGGAUGCAAGUCUGUAUCACUGUAUGUUAACAGGACGCUCAGUUACAGGUAUCCUGCAUUUGAUCAAUGGGACUCCAAUUGACGCUUUCUCUAAGAAGCAAUCUACUGUUGAGACUGCCACAUACGGAUCUGAAUUUGUUGCUGCAAGGACUUGUGUUGAACAGAUCAUGGAUCUGCGAUACACAUUGAGAUAUCUCGGAGUACCAAUCCAAGGUCGAAGCUACAUGUUUGGAGACAAUGAAUCUGUCGUGAACAGUUCAUCCAGACCCGACGCAAAACUCCACAAGCGCCAUGAUGCACUGUCAUUCCACCGUGUGAGAGAAGCUGUUGCAUCCAACAAGCUUUCAUUCAUUCACAUGGAUGGUGACAAGAACCCUGCAGACAUCCUCAGCAAACAUUGGGGAUAUCAACAAGUUUGGCCGCAGCUCCGAACCUUACUGUUCUGGCAAGGAGACACCAUUGACGAGGGAUAG